AUCCGAUAGGGUAAUCUAUUUCUUGUUGAAGUGGUUGAUUCUGUGAUACAUAAAAAAACAUUCUUUAAUUUUCCCUGACUCAAUAAAUAGUUGAGUCUUCUCAGUCUGAUUAAAGCCUCUUCCUUUCCCAUUUCAUACUCAAUUUGUUCAUCUUCUUCAAUUGCUAUCUCUUCAUCUUCUCUCAAAAUCCCUUUUUUUUUUUUAAGGUUUCUGAUUCUCAUCAGUUUUAGAUCUUCCCUUUUGUCUUUUUUCACAGCCUGUAAAUUUGCUCUGUUUUUGUACAUAUCAAGAAACAGCGUAAGCAUCAAUGGCGGCCAACAAAUUUGCAACCAUGUUGCAUAGAAACACCAACAAGAUUACUGUGAUUCUAGUCUAUGUACUUCUUGAAUGGGCCUUGAUCGUUCUCCUUCUUUUAAAUUCUCUAUUUUCUUAUCUCAUCGUCAAAUAUGCAGGGUAUUUUGGCCUCAAAAAGCCCUGUCUAUGGUGUUCGAGGCUCGAUCACACCUUUGACUCCUCAAACAAGAAGGAUUCUUAUAUAGAUCUUGUGUGUGAUGAUCAUGCUAAAGAGAUUUCCAAACUGGGUUUCUGCUCAGAUCAUCAUACUCUAUCUGAAUCAAAGGACAUGUGCGAGGGUUGCUCAUCCUCGUCGCAUCGCGAAUUUUCGAAGGAUUAUGCUUUCUUUCCAUGGAUGAAGCAGAUUGGACUGGUUCAAAAUGAUGAAGAUGGUGCUCAAAAUGGUGAGGUGGAGUCUAAAUGUUCUUGUUGUGGUGUCAACUUGGAGAGAAAGUUUUACUCUCCAUAUGUGCUAUUUAAGCCUUCUUGGGAGGUUUUGGAUUAUCCCCAAAAGGAAAAUUUGAUGGGAGAAGAUGGAGACGAUGAUCGUUUUGAUAAAAAUAGAUCGGAUUCUUUGACCAACCAAAUUGAAGAUGUUCAUAAGAUUGAUGAAGAUAUGGGAAUUUCAAUUGAAGGGAGAGAAUUGGAGAUGGAGGAGAAAUUUUCAACUAAUGAAAAUGAGAAAGUGGGUGUUGUUUUUGAGAAAGCACAAGAAACUUCUUCUAUCAAGGAAGAAGCUUUUUUGAAUGCUUCAAUGGAGGAUCCGUCUUGUGAUGAGAGUAAAAAUCAAGCAACCCCUGAAGGUGUGACCAAGCAUUUGGAGUUUUACAUAGAUGGAGAGGAUUGCCAUUUGAUUCCAGUUGAGUUGAUGGAUCCAUUAACAGCUGAACUGAAAAGUGGGUACAAAGUGAGGGAGCAAGGCGAGGGAAAUGGUGAAAAUGAAGAUGUUAUUUUGGAUUUUACCAUGAAUGAUGUUGGGACAGAAGUUGAUUUGGUAAUGGAGAACAAAGAGAACAGGUUGAGUUCAAAAGAGGCAAUAGCAUCACUUUCAGCCUAUGAAAGUGAAGAGCAAACUAAGGCUAUGGUGCUUGAACCAGUGGAAGAAGAGGAUGAGUGGUCUUCAUUUAUACAAGCAGAAGUUGGAGAUUCAAUCAAAGACGGGCACGAAGAAGUUGCUGUUGCGCAAACUCCUCAAGAUGAGGCUGAGGGAAGUGAGGAAGCAGCAGGAAGAGAUGUGGAAUUGGAAUCAGAUUUUAAUCAAGUUUCUGAUGAUGCACUUCGAAUGCAAAGUGAUGAAAUUGAUAGCGAGAUCUCAAUAGGGACUGAGAUUCCGGAGCAUGAACCAAUUGAUGAUGUUCAAAAUGAGCAUGAUGUUUUUGCUAGUUUUUCUGAAUUGCAUGUAGAUAAUGAUGACAAUGGCUUUAAACAAGCUGAAGACGUUAAUUUAGAGUUCAAAACCAUAACAAUUGAGACAAGUGAAGAGGCAACAAUGAUCAAUCAUUUGUCAAUUCCUUCCGAGGUUAAUGAGAUUGAAGAAGAGAAAGUUCCUGAUACGCCGACUUCUGUUGAUAGUCUUCAUCAAUUACACAAGAAACUGCUGCUACUUGAUCGAAGAGAAACUGGAACAGAUGAGUCCUUGGAUAGUGGAAGUGUUCUCAGUGACAUUGAUUCUGGAGAUGGGGUAAUGACAGUUGAGAAGUUAAAAUCAGCAUUGAGAGCGGAACGAAAGACGUUAAAUGCUUUGUAUGCAGAAUUAGAAGAAGAAAGGAGCGCUUCGGCAGAGGCAGCGAACCAUACAAUGGCAAUGAUAAAUAGGCUUCAGGAAGAGAAAGCUGCGAUGCAGAUGGAAGCUUUGCAAUAUCAAAGAAUGAUGGAGGAACAAUCGGAGUAUGACCAGGAAGCAUUGCAGCUUUUGAAUGAGCUUAUGAUAAAGAGAGAACGGGAAAAGGCAGAGAUUGAAAAAGAGCUGGAAUUAUAUCGAAAGAAGGUUCAGGAAUAUGAGGCAAAAGAGAAAAUGAUGAUGUUGAGAAGGAGAAGUGGAACUUCAUCUGCUUCUUGCAGCAAUGCUGAUGAUAGUGAUGGUCUAUCUAUUGAUCUGAAUCUUGACGCAAAGGAAGAAGAGAGUCCUGAGAGCAACCAGGAAAGUAACAACCAGAACACUCCUGCUGAUGCAGUUCUAUAUUUGGAGUCAUUGGCUAACUUUGAGGAUGAAAGGUUAUCCAUUCUAGAGCAACUCAGGGUUUUGGAAGAGAAAUUGUUUAAGUUAAACAACAUGGAAGAGCAACAUUUUGAGGAUAUAAAAUCAAUUGAUCAUUUUCACAAAGAGAAUGGCAAUGGCUACACUGUGGAUUAUGAUUUUGAAGGUGCAACAAAUGGGCUAGCAAAUGGCUAUUUCAAAGAAAUGAAUGGGAAGCUUCAUUAUCAAGAAAGGAAAGUUAUUGGUCCAAAGGCGAAGAGACUUCUUCCUCUUUUUGAUGCAAUUCAUGCAGAAACUGAAGAUGGAAUUGUCAAUGGACAUGAACUAGAGUUUGAUUCUGUUGUGUCACAGAACUCCUCUAUCACAAAGUUCGAACUUGACAUCAAGAGGCUUGCACUUGAGGAAGAAGUUGAUUAUGUUUAUGAAAGGCUACAAGCUCUUGAAGCAGACAGGGAGUUUCUCAAGCAUUGCAUCAGCUCUUUAGGAAAAGGAGAUAAAGGAGUAAAUCUUCUCCAGGAAAUCCUACAACACCUUCGUGAUCUCAGAAGCGUCGAGCAACGAGCAAGAAACAUCGAAAAUUUCACUUCAUAGAAACACAAAUCAAUCACAACUUCAUCCAAAAACAUUACAGAUUGUUCAAAUUCUAGGACAAAGAGGCAUCAAAUGCACUUGCAACAGUGCAAAAAAUUCCAAGGAAAGUCCCUGGAUGGAGAGGGAAGCUCCUGGUGAUUAAAAGAUCAGCCUAAUGAUCUUAUCUUGGUGGACUACAAAUGAAAUUUGCAAGUCUACCCAGUUUUAAUAUUUCAUUUUAAUGGUUUUUGGUGUCAAAAGUGAACCCAAAUUUUUGGUCGGUUGAGCUUAUCAUGCACUUUUUUUCGGGGAAAAAGGAGUAUGAUGAGUGUUAUGUGUGUGUAGGAUAGUGAGGUUCUGAAGGCAACCAAGCUGUCAAUUUGUAUUAUGUAUUGGGAGAAAAGGCCUUGAGGCUCAAUGAUCCAACAAAGAUUCCAGUUUGUCAGGCAAAACUAGGAUUUGUUUAUUAGACAGACACAGAAUUAGGGGACCUCUUUUAGGGGGUUAAUAUUUUAAUCUUUUUUUUUUCUCUUUUAAUCAUUGCACAUUUCACAAGGGGGUUUGUACUUUUGUUUAUUAUUAUUUUGUAUACUAAAUGUAUUCGCCCUUCUGUAAGUAUAUAAAGUGAGUGUUUGUUUA